CAUAUCUCCGACUUCUCUCCGCCGUCCACCGGGUUUAUGGUUAGAUGAUGGGUACAAAGUUAGAAUCUUUUAAGGUGGUGGAGAAAUUAGGUGUUGAGAAAGGUGAAAAAGGGAAGAUGUUGAGUAAAAAGAAGAAUGUUAAAAAAGAUGGAGAUGAGAGUGAAAGUGGGUUUUGGUUUAGAUUCAAGUUUAUCUUUAGUUGUAUCUCUUCUAGAUCAAAAGUUGAUAGUUCCAUGAAUGCUACUACAGUUAUUGCAGAACCUAAGAAAGUUAAUGAGAAGGUUGAAGGUCAGCCAGCUCCGACUAAAGACACUGGCUGUACGGAGAGUGGUUCCUCAACACCUUUAAUGAGCGGGGAAUUGAAGUAUUCUUCUAAGCUACGGAUUUUCAUGUUUAACGACCUUAAGUUAGCCACUAGGAAUUUCAGACCAGAGUCUCUUCUCGGUGAGGGUGGGUUUGGAUGUGUUUUUAAAGGAUGGAUAGAGGAGAAUGGAACUGCACCUGUCAAGCCUGGUACUGGUCUAACUGUAGCUGUCAAAACACUGAACCCAGAUGGCCUUCAAGGUCACAAGGAGUGGCUGGCUGAGAUUAACUUUCUUGGAAACCUUGUUCACCCAAGUCUUGUUAAAUUGGUGGGCUAUUGCAUGGAAGAAGACCAAAGGCUGCUUGUUUACGAGUUUAUGCCACGAGGAAGUUUGGAGAACCAUCUUUUCAGAAGGACCUUACCUCUCCCUUGGUCUGUCAGAAUGAAAAUUGCACUUGGUGCAGCUAAAGGUCUCGCCUUUCUUCACGAAGAAGCUGAGAAGCCAGUCAUAUAUCGAGAUUUCAAAACAUCUAAUAUAUUACUGGAUGCGGAAUAUAAUUCCAAGCUCUCUGAUUUUGGGCUUGCGAAGGAUGCUCCAGACGAGAAAAAAUCCCACGUAUCAACCCGAGUCAUGGGAACUUAUGGUUAUGCUGCCCCCGAAUAUGUAAUGACUGGACAUCUUACAACGAAAAGCGAUGUAUACAGCUUUGGAGUAGUAUUACUUGAAAUAUUAACUGGACGAAGAUCUGUGGAUAAAAGUCGGCCGAAUGGGGAACAAAACUUGGUUGAAUGGGUGAGACCUCAUCUCUUAGACAAGAAAAGGUUGUGCCGGUUAUUAGAUCCUCGGUUAGAGGGUCACUACUCGAUCAAGGGUGCUCAGAAAGCCACACAAGUAGCGGCGCAAUGCCUUAACCGAGACUCUAAAGCUAGACCGAAGAUGAGUGAAGUUGUGGAAGCCUUAAAGCCGUUACCAAAUCUUAAAGACUUUGCGAGCUCUUCUUCUUCUUUCCAAACAAUGCAGCCUGUUGCUAAGAACGGAGUCAGAACACAAGGAGGAGGGUUUGUAUCGAGAAAUGGACCGCCAAUGAGGAGUUUGUCUAGCUUAAACCUGCCUCAAGCAUCCCCUUAUCGUUAUGCCCGUCAAUCACCAAAGCCUAAAGGAAAAGAGCCAUGACUCAAAUAGAUAUUAAUUAGUUCU